AUGACGCUCUCCGUGUUCCCGGAUUACACUGCCAAGGUGGCCCGGGCCCGGGCUGCCUUCAAUGAGGUCAGGAAAUUACUCCGCGGCAUAGAUGGUGCUCGUUACGGACUAAUCCAUCCAGCACGUCUCCGCAUUACUUUCAAGGGUGUUGAGAAGGACUUCAUCUCAGCGGAUGAAGCCAAAGAAUACGUCCAAACCUUAAUUUCUGGGUGA